UGCCGCUCUUUAUCAGAGCCCCCGAAACCAGCGGACUGGGCCGUGGCUGCUCGCAUUCAGCACACCUCUUGCAUUUGCUCGAAAGGCCCUGCCGGGCUGAGAGGGAGGUGCCCCUGGCCGACUCCGGAGAGAGGAGCCACUGAGACAAUCCAUGGGCACCAUGAAACUGCUUCCAGUGACCAUCCUUUGUCUUCUGUCCACUCUGCGCAGGAGUGACGGUAACCCAGUUGAUGGCACUGCAACCACUUCUGCAUUAUCACAGUCAACAGUUGCUGCAACAAGAACAUCUGUACCAACACCAACCACAACACCAUCACCAUCUCCUACUUUGAAAUCAACCGUUACAUCUCCCAAAGGAACACCUAGCCCAGAAUCCUUUAAAACAUCUCCCCCAACGGUUUCUUCAUUAAACACAACAGUUAGCGGUGAAGAAGCCACAACCAGUGUCACGAAGGGGGAGUUCAUCACUACAAAUACAACAGUUACAAGUCUUCCAGUUUCUGAUGCUGUUUCAACAUUACAAAGUUCCCACAACAAGACUGAGAAUCAGAAUUCAACCAAAACAACAGAAAGAACAGAAACAGGCACUGAAAAUGCAAAAAAUGCAAGCUCCUCUUCAACUAACCCCUCUUAUUCCAGUAUUAUUUUGCCGGUGGUUAUUACUUUGAUUGUAGUAACACUUUCAGUAUUUGUUCUGGUGGGUUUAUAUCGAAUGUGCUGGAAGACAGACCCAGGCGCGCCAGAAAAUGGAAACGACCAACCCCAGUCCGAUAAAGAGAGUGUGAAGCUUCUCACUGUUAAGACAAUUUCUCAUGAGUCUGGUGAGCACUGUGCACAAGGCAAAACCAAGAACUGACAGCUUGAUGAAUCCUCCCCACACCUGGGCAAGAAAUAUAGCUAUGCCAUGCCCUGGCUUGUGCUGGACCAUCUGUCGGCUGCAGAUGCUCUAUGAGGACGUCAGAGAUAUCCUGCUCUACAGUCUUCUCCACAGACUAAUGCUUGACAUGGACUCUGGCCACUCUCUGCUCUUCAGACUGCUCCAAGGCCAUGGCAGCCAGUGCGCGGCUUUCCCCAAACAAGGCAACAGUGCAAUCAUCUCUAGCAAAGGCCCUGCCUCUUCCAACCAUGCUGUGAAAGAGCAGAGGGCAGGUCUCCAUCCCUGGUACCACUGCCCGCUUCCACCCACACUGUAUCAUCCUCCUCCCAGAUUCGAGCAAACCACCAGCACUGCAAUCAGCUGCACAAUGACAUCUCACCCCUGCCAGGGCGGGCUCCUGCCCCUUUUCCACUUGAGGCACAGAAGCCUCCAUCUCCUGCUCCUUUUUGGACCAACACAGAAAGUUGUUUAUGCACUGAAAAGAAGAAAAUCUCGAAGUAAAAACCAAAGCACUGGCUCUCCUUCCUGUGAGAUGCCUGUUCCUUCUUCUCCCUGAUGAGUACACAGCGGCAAAGCAGGAAAGUUGCCCAUAAAUUUCAUAAUUACUCACCCCAUCAGCCUGAGCAACAGACCCCGAACUGUGCCCCUUUGUGAUAGGGUAUAUACAGCUAAGAGCUUUAAUCAGAAGAAGAAUAUGAUGAUAUUUGUGCUUAAGACACAUCACUGAGUAUAUAAUGUGAAAACUCAUUCAAGAGGUGUUAAGAUUGGAAGCAGAGAAGUCAGAGACUACUGCAGUAUUCCCUAGGGAAAGGGGAAAAGAACAAGAGCUUUAACCAGGUCUGCAGGGACUGUAGGAAUGGAGAUGAAGAGGCAGAAUAGAAUAGAGAAGCAACUGGAAGAUAGGGAUUCUCCAGAGGUGGUGAUCUAUUGAAUGUGGGAGUUGGGAAUGAGGAAAAUUAGGACUAUAGAUGUUGCCCACACUUCUAUCGUGGCGCCUGGAUGGAUCCUGGAGGUAACAGCAGAGACUGGGAUCCUGGAGUGAGAGGGCACAGGUUCAGGAGGCAAUAUAGUGGUCUUCCUUUCAGACACGUGGAGUUUGAAGUGCUUAUGAGACAGUCUAGUGACUGUAUUGGGUGGGAAAAAAUUCAGCUAGUCAUGGGCAUUUCUUACCAAGAAACGGUCUCCCCAGCAUCUCUACUUCUUCACGUUCUUGGAAUCUGAAUGUUUUUCCCCCCACAGACUGAAUUUUCACCUUCUAUGCUCCAGGUGUAGAAAAGGAGAAAGCUCUCUGGAAUUAAUGCUGACUUCCAGUCCUGCUUGCCAGUCUGCACCAGUCACCUGUCUCAAUAAAGGAAUGUCCAGAUGAAUGCAAUAAUUGGAGAGAAUCAAAAAGAAUCCUGGGCCUCUCUUGCCCUUUGAGACAGGAAAAAGCACAUUACUACAUCUUAUAGGAGUGUUCCCAGGAGAGGGAAUUUGAGGAGGGGCAUUUAUGAGCAGUUAGCCUAACAGCCCAGGCAGGUGGGCUCGGAGAUGACACGACCUGCCCUUGCGUCUCAGGUUUCCAGAGCCAAAAGCUUUCAUCCGUGGAAACUUCCUACUUUCUUGAUGUUCUCAUAUUAUCUAAUGUUUGUAUUUAUUGUUUUCCACUAUGUUAAUUCAGGGAAAAUUUGCAAGUCUAUUACUAAAUAUUAGGUAGAAAAAAUGCCAUGCCACUUUGUACAUAAAUAUAUUUUAUUCAUAUUUC